UUUUAGUACAGAAAUUUCGAACUUUCCUAAUUGACUUUACAUAUGUAGGUAUGUGGUACUCUCUCUCUCUUUCGCUCUAAAUUUUGAGCUGAGAGUAUAAACCAAAUCACAACUAAAAACAUUGAGAGGGAGAGCAAUAAUAUAAGAGCCCUUGACAUUGACAUUGGCUUCGAACAGAAGCUACGCAAAAAACAUGCAAGCAAACAAAUUAAGAGAGAGAGAGAGAGAACGUAUGAAAGCUUUCUCUUUCGAAAGUGGACUUUAAAAGCUGGGAGACCUUUUGCAUUCGUUGCACUUGUUAACUGAACUUUGAACAGAACGCAGUGAUAGUGAAAGGGCCAACUAACCAGCAAAAGGAGCAACGAGAAUCAAAAAAUGCAACACAAAAAAACGAAGCUUUUUAAAUUUUAGUUUAACAUUUUCGGCUAACUUAAAGAUGUAUGUGCGUUCCUUGAAACGUAUACAAAAAUACUGUGACAAUGUUUUGGACUGCAGUUGCCUCCUCAACGGUUUCGUCCGCCGCCUCCGAUCCGUCCGCGGCAUUGGCCAGUGCUGCACCUACGUAUCAGCAGUUGCAUACGAAGCCACCGCGAACAACUCACAAUUCCUGGCAGCAUAGCAAUGCAGCAUUUAAGGCGCGACGCCAUGAACAGCAGCAGCAGCAGCACAAGCAACAAAAACGUGAGCAGCAGCAACAGAUAGAAAAAUUGCAAGAAGAAGAGUCAAAACGACUGGAGGAUAACCAACAACAAAAACAGAAAUUAGUAAACAAUAAGAAAAAAAUGGCAGUAAAAAGUGAAAGCAAAAUAUUGAAAGCCUUCAAAGCCUGCAAAUGCGCGCAAAAUGAAGUCUAAAUCAAAAGUCUAAUACUUAUAUCAUUAUUUCAUUUGCCAAUUACUUGAAGUCCUAUGCUUAAAUUCCAAUAGGACAAACAACAGGUAGUGAACAUUAUGGAGUAAACAUAACAAAGAUAAGCAACGCUCACAGCACGGUACACAAAGGACAUUCUACUACACAAUCUGUGUUGUCGCACACAAAAGUUCGUAGCCAAUUAGCCAACUGGCUGCUAACGAAAUGAAAAACACGGCUUGCGGCUCACACAACAAUUUUUUGGAAACAUUUUGGUAGCAACCGAAAACGUGACUGAAAACAUUUUGAAAUUUGGAAUUUUUUGAUAAAUCCUUUAC